AUGGCUGCUGACGAGUCGAAAGUGUACUACAAAAAGCAAGCUAAGUACCAUGAUAAACGAAACAUUCUCAACAAGUCAUACUUGGUCGAGCCAAUCAUACGUCAUCGAAUACACGAUUCCAAAUUUUACAAACAACACCUUUAUUUGGCAAAUGAAUCCACGAUACUCCCAAUAAUAACCAAGCAUGUACACUACAUAUCGGGUGUUGACUCCAUGGGAAGGCCCAGUCCAUUUUUGCAAUGUCUUUUGCGCAUGUUGGAGUUGGAGCCUUCUAAAGAAAUUAUCAAAGUGUACCUGGAUCAAUUAUCGUACAAUGAAUUCAAAUACUUGACAGCAUUGACUCUACUAUAUAUACGAUUGGUUUACACGAGUGAGGAGAUCUACAACAUCUUUGACCAACAUGCUCAAGACUACCGCAAGUUGAGAAUCAAGUUGAAAACUCCUCAAUUCGAUUCGAUGCAGCAACCGAUACACUACAAACUU